GAGAAUGAAUGACACAGCUCAAAAGAAAAAAACAUUUUGCUGCUACUCGAGGAGAGAGAAAAAAGCCAUUAGACGUCUGCUAGAAGAAGACCAAGUCCCUUCUUCUUCUUCUUCUUCUUCAACAACAAGCAUCAUCAGCUUUCUAGAGAGAGAGAGAGAAAACAUUCCGAUUCAUCUUCCAGAAGAUUUCCUCUGUGAUUCCGAUCUCCCCCGAUUUCAGUUUGACUCCGAAGGAAAACUUAGAGACCACAAAAACCUAGAAUCUUCCCCGAUCUGACUCGGCCUCUCUUGGAAGAGCUAGUGGCGGCGGCUCAGAGAGGAUCUAUUUGGAGGAAGAGUAGCCAUGGUUGGUCCGGUCAAUAUUAUAGUUGGUUCUCAUGUUUGGAUUGAAGAUACUGGAGAGGCGUGGAUUGAUGGAGAAGUUGUCAAGAUUAGUGGCGAAGAGGUUCAUGUACAGUCCACUAACGGGAAGACCGUUGUGGCCAAAAUCGCGAAUGUAUUUCCAAAGGAUACAGAGGCUCCCCCUGGGGGUGUUGAUGACAUGACAAAGCUCUCAUAUCUACAUGAACCAGGUGUUUUGAAUAACUUGGCCAUGAGAUAUGAGCUGAAUGAAAUUUAUACUUAUACUGGAAACAUCUUGAUUGCUGUAAAUCCUUUUCAAAGGUUACCACAUCUUUAUGAUACUCAUAUGAUGGAGCAGUAUAAAGGAGCAGGUUUUGGUGAAUUAAGUCCCCAUGUGUUUGCAAUUGCGGAAGUUGCUUAUAGGGCGAUGAUAAAUGAGGGCAAGAGCAACUCAAUUCUGGUCAGUGGGGAAAGUGGUGCUGGUAAAACUGAGACCACAAAGAUGCUUAUGCGCUACCUUGCUUACCUUGGUGGUCGAUCCGGCGUUGAAGGAAGGACAGUGGAACAACAAGUUCUGGAGUCAAAUCCAGUUCUUGAAGCUUUUGGAAACGCCAAGACUCUUAGGAAUAACAACUCCAGUCGAUUUGGAAAGUUUGUCGAGCUUCAGUUUGACAAAAGUGGGAGAAUAUCUGGAGCAGCUGUCCGAACAUAUUUGUUGGAAAGGUCUCGAGUGUGUCAAAUAUCAGAUCCAGAAAGAAAUUACCACUGUUUUUACAUGUUAUGUGCUGCCCCACCGGAGGAAAGAGAAAAGUUUAAGUUGGGAGAUCCUAAGUCAUUCCACUACCUAAAUCAAUCGAAGUGCUAUAAACUGGAUGGAGUCGAUGACACCGAGGAAUAUCUUGCUACCCGACGAGCUAUGGAUGUUGUUGGCAUCAGUGAAGAGGAACAGGAUGCAAUCUUUAGAGUUGUUGCUGCAAUCCUUCAUCUAGGUAAUGUCGAAUUUGCAAAAGGAAAAGAGAUUGACUCCUCAGUUUUGAAGGAUGGCAAAUCCAGAUUUCAUCUGGAUGCGACUGCUGAACUUCUUAGAUGUGAUGCAAAGAGUUUGGAAGAUGCAUUGAUAAAACGUGUAAUGGUGACUCCAGAAGAGGUUAUUACAAGAACACUUGAUCCUGAUUCAGCCACGGGUAGCAGGGAUGCAUUAGCGAAAACUAUCUAUUCUCGCUUGUUUGAUUGGCUUGUUGAUAAAAUUAACAAUUCUAUCGGGCAAGAUCCAAAUUCUAAGACAAUAAUUGGUGUUCUUGAUAUCUAUGGGUUUGAAAGCUUUAAGAUCAACAGCUUUGAGCAGUUUUGCAUCAAUUUUACCAAUGAAAAGCUUCAACAACAUUUCAACCAGCACGUCUUCAAAAUGGAACAAGAAGAUUAUACCAAAGAAGAGAUCAAUUGGAGUUACAUAGAAUUUGUUGAUAACAAGGAUGUGUUGGAACUCAUUGAGAAGAAACCUGGAGGAGUCAUUGCACUUCUAGAUGAAGCAUGUAUGUUUCCCAAGUCAACACAUGAAACGUUUGCUCAGAAGCUGUAUCAAACGUUCAAAAAUAGUAAGCGGUUUACCAAACCAAAGCUAUCUCGGACCAGCUUUGCAAUAUCACAUUAUGCUGGAGAGGUAACUUAUCAGGCCGAUUUGUUCCUUGACAAGAACAAAGAUUACGUGGUGGCAGAACAUCAGGAUCUUUUGAUCGCUUCGAGUGAUACUUUCGUAGCUGGUCUAUUUCCUCGCCUAGCAGAAGAAACAUCAAGUAAAACCAAGUUUUCUUCCAUCGGGUCACGCUUUAAGCUUCAACUUCAGUCUUUGAUGGAGACACUUAAUUCUACUGAACCUCACUACAUCAGAUGUGUAAAGCCAAACAACGUACUUAAGCCUGCCAUUUUCGAGAACUUGAACGUAAUUCAACAAUUACGCUGUGGUGUAAGUGCAGUCCGAACCUUUUAUAUAAUUGAGGCACUUCAACCAAGAUUUUGGGUUAUGGAACUUACAAGCUUAAUUUUUGCCUUAAUUUCUUUAAGGGCGUUUUGGAAGCUAUUAGAAUCAGCUGUGCUGGUUAUCCUACAAAACGGACGUUUUAUGAGUUUCUCAAUCGUUUUGGUGUUCUUGCUCCGGAAGUUCUGGAGGGAAAGUAAGUUGCAGCUGAUAUGAUUUUGUUUACCCUCG